AUGGACGACAUAUUCUCCAGCUUCGCGCCGAAGCGCGAGCAGCGGGAUGCGGCGCGACAGCAGCAGGCGGCGGCGGCCGAGGAGGCGGCCGCCGCCGCCUCGGCGGCGGCCAAGCGGGCCAAGAAGCGCAAGCGUGACAAGGUGAUCGAUCCUGUCUUUGGCGAGGAGUACGACCUGGACCGCGCGGUCGACCCGCAGAACGCAAAGGUCCACCGCCACGACAGCUCGAGCGGGCUGAGGGUUUACAAGGCGCACGACCUUGGCCUUGGCCGAGGGGGGGGCACGCCGCUGUGCCCUUUUGACUGCAAGUGCUGUUUCUGA